GUCACCUGGGAAUCAUUCCAGCAGGUGGCUUCCAAAGUCCAACCUGCUAGGUUGAAAUCUGACACUGAUAGAGACUCCCCGGGAGCUCUUACUGAAAGCUAAACCAGGAACCAGGAAAUGCACAAGCCUCUUUAUGUAGAAAAACAGCUGGGCUCCCUCCGUGGCAACAGAGCACCAUGGGAAACCGGCUUUGCUGCGGGGGACACUGGAGCUGCCCAUCAACUUCCCUGAGGAAAAAGAAAAUGGAAAGCCAAGCAAGACGGACAUUGAAGCAGCAGCAGCAGCAGCAGCAGAAUGGCACCAAGGCCCAUGACACAACAGGACGUAUGUAUGAGCAGGUGUUAGAGAAGCCUGCGUCUCAGGAGAGGAGUCGAGGCCUUAGUGUGAAGGAGAACAGCUUACAUUAUGCAGACAUUCAAGUGUACAGCUGUACCCAGCCACGCUCUGCUCUGGAAGUGAAGCAUCUUCAGUCAGAAAAUGCUACAGAAUACGCAACCCUUCGCUUCCCCCAGGCCACGCCCCGCUACGACAGCAAGAACGGCACCCUGGUGUGAGCC